CCCCUCCCUGUCCCCGGCCUCACCCCCGGCCUGGGGCGGGGGGUACCUCGAACAUAACAGGAAAUUUCAAAUAACAGGAAACCGAGGCCCGGCGAGUGGCUCCACCCUGCCCCGGGGGCGAGCCUCCCCGGGGCCUCAGUCCGUCCCAGGGGACCGCCAUGAACGGCUCGGGGUCCCCGGCCGAGGCCCCCGAGUCCUGCCAGCAGCUGGCGGCCGGCGGGCACAGCCGGCUCAUCGCGCUGCACUACAACCACUCGGGCCGGCUGGCGGGGCGCGGCGGGCCCGAGGAGGGCGGCCUGGGCAUCCUGCGGGGGCUCUUCGUGGCCGUGAGCUGCCUGGUGGUGCUGGAGAACCUGCUGGUGCUGCUGGCCAUCGUGAGCCGCAUGCGGUCCCGCCGCUGGGUGUACUACUGCCUGGUGAACAUCACGCUCAGCGACCUGCUCACCGGCGCGGCCUACCUGGCCAAUGUGCUGCUGUCGGGCGCCCGCACCUUCCUCCUGGCGCCCACCCAGUGGUUCCUGCGCGAGGGCCUGCUGUUCAUGGCGCUGGCCGCCUCCACCUUCAGCCUGCUCUUCACGGCGGCCGAGCGCUUCGCCACCAUGGUGCGGCCGGUGGCCAGGAGCGGGGCCGGCAAGACGGGCCGCGUCUACGGCUUCAUCGGGCUGUGCUGGCUGCUGGCCAUCCUCCUGGGCCUGCUGCCGCUGCUCGGCUGGAACUGCGUGUGCUCCUUCCGGCGCUGCUCCAGCCUGCUCCCGCUCUACGCCAAGGAGUACAUCCUCUUCUGCGUGGCGGUCUUCGCCUGCAUCCUGGCCGCCAUCAUGGUGCUCUACGGGGCCAUCUUCCGGGUGGUGCAGGCCAACGGGCAGAAGGCCUCCCGGGUGCUGGCCCGCCGCAAGGCCCGCCGGCUGCUCGAGACGGUGCUCAUGAUCCUGGCGGCCUUCCUGGUGUGCUGGGGCCCGCUCUUCGGGCUGCUGCUGGCCGACGUCUUCAGCUCCCACGACUGGGCGCAGGAGUACCUGCGGGGCAUGGACUGGAUCCUGGCGCUGGCCGUGCUCAACUCCGCGGUCAACCCCCUCAUCUACUCCUUCCGCAGCCGCGAGGUGUGCCAGGCCGUGCUGGGCUUCCUCUGCUGCGGGUGUCUCAGGCUGGGCCUGCGGGGGCCCGGGGACUGCCUGGCCAAGGCCGCCGAGGCCCACUCUGAGGCCUCCACCACGGACAGCUCGCUGAGGCCGAGGGACAGCUUUCGGGGCUCCCGGUCGCUCAGCUUUCGGAUGCGAGAGCCCCUGACCAGCAUCUCCAGCGUGCGGAGCAUCUGAGCCGCUGCCCGCGCGGGCGCUUCUCUGGGCCCGCGGGACCCCCGGGAGGGGUGGGCCGGCGGGGGGCGGGGGAGGGGGGGUGCCGGGAGUGCGCAGGGAGCAGGGGGUCCUGACGGACAGGCGGGAACAGGGCGGCCAGCGGGGGUGCGUCCCGAGGCCCCGUGGUCCUCCCCACGGCGCCUGGGCCUGCUGAUGCCGAGCAGGUGUCCCGUGGCCGCCCUGGAGGAGGUGACUGCUCACGGGGGCGGGGAGGGUCCCGGAGAGGGCAUGAGCGUCUCUGCUGUGUAUGCCCCCAGCUCCCGGGUGAUUCUGGGGAGUCCCAGCCCCGCCCCCCGGCCUCGGGGUGGGGGGGGCUCUCGGGCUUCGAGGGGGCGGCUGCGGGGCUGAUGUCCUGGCAACACGGAAGCUCAGUGAUGGUUUGUCCCGGCCUCCCUCUCAUUCACGUGUGGGCAGAGGGACGACGGCGUGGGGCUGUGGGCCAGCGAGCGGCGUGCGAGGAGGUGUGCCCGUGGCCAGGGAGGGCCGUGGGGCUGUGUGGAUCUGGGGUGUGGUUGUGAGGGGGAGUGGCAGGGUGUGGAUGAGAGUGUGUGUGAGGGAGGGAGGCGGGCACAGACCGGGGCGGGCCGACAGUGUGGGCUGGCCUGUCUGCUCGUGCACAGACUCCUCUGUGUGUGUGUGUGUGUGUGUGUGUGCGCGCGUGUGCAACCGUGAGGGCCUCUGGGGCUGCCAGGUGGGGCUCCUGCCCCUCCCGCUCACUUCCCCUUUCUCUGCCCCAUCCCUCAUCUUGGGCCCCCCAGUCUCUUCCCCGCCUCUGGCCUCUGCCCCCUGUGGGGGCCCCAUCUGGGGGCUAACCUGACCCUCCCGACCUCAGGGAAUUGCCCACUCCUCUAGAGUUCCCGUUAUUUAUUAUUAUUAGUUUUAAAGUUUACUUCUCUCAUAGUUCUACAGCCCUAAUAGCUUUCUCUUUUCCAUCUUCUGACUUUUUUUUUUUU